UUCCUAUCGACUCCAUUGCUUCAGUAUCUGUUUAAUCUCGCAAUAAAACUCUGCAUCUUAUAAUUAGAGUAUCUGAGGUCACGGGAGUUAUCAUCCACAUCAAAUUGGAUCGAGUUCUCACCACACGGGAAUUCGCCGCCUCGCUCUCAGAGUCUCGCUGACGCCACAGGACAAGUUCAGAGUAUCUGGUACAAUGAUAGCUCCGCCAUCCGUGUUCUCUGCUCCAACGGCUGUAAUUGGGAGGUCUGCCGCUGCCGAUGCUUCCCUGAUGAGAAUAGAAGAUGGGUCUAUCAAUGGUGUGCCUAGAAAUUCGGGACAGAAGGUUGUCCAUAGUAAAGGUGGUAGGAUACUAGGUUCAGAUCUUUGGUUUAUUCAGGAUCAGUGCAGAAGAAUGUUAUGGAGGCACAUUUUUUUAAAAAGAUCCAAGACCUCUUUUAAUGAAUCGAGUUGGGAUCAAAUACAAGGAAUCUACUUCUCCAUUAAUUCACAUUACGAGGAGUGUAAAUAUGAAUUGUUAUGUUGCUUGCACUACUCUUCAUUGACAUACUGGAACACCAUAGUACAAGGUGUUCAAAAGGAAGAAGUAGAGACUGUUUUCAAGAAUCCUUAGCAGUCUCAUCUUGCAGCCAACUUGCUUGCCACUGCUUGUCAUAGAAAGUGGUCUAUCUCCUCCUCCAGCUUCUUGAGCGUCUCUAUUUAGGGGAAAGAAGUAGACCUUCAAGGCUCUUGUUAGAGUUUGGGAAUGAAAGCACCUCGAAUUCUAAUGAUUUUCUUUAUAUCCUUCAACAAUGUGCAAGGCUGCCUGGUCCAUUUGUGAGGAUGAAAGUGAAUUGAACUACUAGAAGUCAUUCUUUUAUGCUAGUAAUCCAUUGACACUCAGUUUGAUGAAUAUUGUGAAGGAUGACCCUAAUAUAUGCUAUUUUCUGCAUAUAUACAAGAAGGGUGAUACUAAGACUCAGAGGAUCAAUGGGGAAAAGAAGACAAGAGAGCCAAGCAUGAGAACUUAUGUGUUA